UGACAACUACUAUUUGUCAAGCGAGUGUGGCGUUCUGUGUUCAUGGUGUUCGUUCACGCAUUGGUUUUAUUAAACAUAACAUUCAAUAUCAUGAGGUUUUAAGUGAAACUGUAAAUGCUCUGAAACAUGGCUGAUGUAAAUAGUUUGUUUGAUUGUUUUGACGACACGACUCCUAAAGAAGCUGCAAUUCAAUUGCCGGUUUGUAAAAAGGAAGACGAAAAGUCAGAAAAGAGUAUAGAUGCAGAUGGACCUAAUUUAAAGCGAUUACACGAGGAUGUGGAAAUUAUAGAGCAGUCUACCAAGAAAGUUAAACCUGCUGAAGAGGAUUCAGACAUAACUAGUGAUAUAAAUCUUGAACUUCUGAAUGCUAGAAUUGUGAUUCAUACACUAGAGACUCAUGAAGGCUGCACACAUGAGGUAGCAAUACCUCCUAACCAUGAGUAUACACCUCUAAUGCCUCUCACAUCGGAGCCUGCAAAGCAAUAUAGCUUCAUACUAGAUCCCUUUCAAAAGGAGGCUAUACUGUGUAUAGAUAAUUUACAGUCUGUGCUGGUAUCGGCCCACACAUCUGCCGGAAAAACUGUUGUGGCUGAGUACGCUAUAGCACUAUCAUUAAAGAAUAAGCAGCGUGUAAUAUACACAACUCCAAUAAAAGCCCUCUCCAAUCAGAAGUACCGGGAGUUCUCCGAGGAGUUUCUCGAUGUGGGCCUUAUUACUGGUGAUGUCACCAUCAAUCCUUCAGCUUCUUGUCUUAUUAUGACUACAGAGAUUCUUAGGAAUAUGUUGUAUAGAGGAUCAGAAAUCAUGAGAGAAGUGGGAUGGGUUGUGUUUGAUGAAAUUCACUACAUGAGAGACAAAGAGAGAGGUGUAGUCUGGGAAGAAACUCUGAUCCUAUUGCCUGACAACGUUCACUACGUGUUCCUCUCGGCUACGAUCCCCAACGCCCGCCAGUUCGCCGAGUGGGUGUGCCGCUUGCACUCCCAGCCUUGCCACGUCGUGUACACAGAGUACAGACCUACUCCACUACAGCAUUAUAUAUUCCCCGCCGGGGGUGAGGGAAUACAUCUUGUGGUGGAUGAGAAGGGUAUAUUCAAAGAAGACAACUUCAACACUGCCAUGGCAGUACUAAGCAACGCAGGUGACGCGGCCAAGGGCGACCAGCGCGGCAGACGCGGCGGCCCGCGCGGCGCCAACACUACCAACAUAUUCAACAUUGUUAAAAUGAUCAUGGAGAGAAACUUUGCGCCUGUUAUCAUAUUCAGUUUCAGUAAGAAGGACUGCGAAGCAUACGCAAUGCAGAUGGCGAAACUGGACUUUAAUACGAUUGAAGAAAAGAAACUAGUGGACGAAGUAUUCAGCAACGCGAUGGACGUGUUAUCUGAAGAAGAUCGUAAGCUGCCUCAAGUGGAGAACGUGAUACCGCUCUUGAGACGGGGCAUCGGCAUUCAUCAUGGCGGACUACUUCCUAUACUCAAAGAAACAAUCGAGAUCUUAUUCGGAUUGGGACUUAUAAAGGCGUUGUUUGCAACGGAGACCUUCGCGAUGGGUCUCAACAUGCCGGCCAGAACCGUCGUGUUCACCAACUGCCAGAAAUUCGACGGCAAAGACUUCAGAUUUAUAUCAUCUGGUGAAUACAUUCAGAUGUCCGGUCGCGCCGGGCGGCGAGGUCUUGACGAUAAGGGUAUCGUGAUACUCAUGAUUGAUGAGAAGGUCACCCCUGCGAUUGUUAAAGGCAUGGUGCAGGGCAAAGCUGAUCCUAUAAACUCAGCCUUCCAUUUGACUUAUAAUAUGGUCCUCAAUUUACUAAGAGUUGAAGAAAUCAAUCCAGAAUACAUGUUGGAAAGAAGUUUCUUCCAGUUUCAGAAUCAGGCGGCGAUACCUGAUUUAAUAGACAAGGUGAAAGCAAAGCAAAAGGAGUACGACCGCUUGAGUAUUGAAGACGAACACUCCAUAGCCUCGUAUUGCAGCAUCAGAUCACAACUUGAUCUGUUAGGGGCGCAGUUCAGGUCGUUUAUCACCAAGCCGGAGUAUCUCAAGCCUUUCCUGCAACCCGGACGACUUGUUAAGGUAAAAACGGAAAAACACGAAUUUGAUUGGGGCAUAAUAGUGAACUUCAGACACAAGACUGGUAAAGGCAAGAAGCACGAAGAGAACCCGUUGACUGCUGAGACUGUGAUCAUUGUGGAUAUACUGCUGCACGUUAAGAAGGCCAGCGGUGAAGAUACUGAUACCAAACAGCCGUGUCCACCGGGCGAGGCAGGCGAUGUGGAAGUAGUCCCAGUGCUUCACACUCUCAUAUAUCAGAUAAGCUCGUUACGGGUCUACUACCCUAAAGACCUAAGGCCGGCAGACAACCGCAAAUCUGUGCUCAAGACUAUUGGAGAGGUGAAGAAACGCUUCCCUGAUGGGCCACCACUACUGAAUCCUAUUAAAGACAUGAAGAUCAAUGAAUCUGUAUUCAUUGAGUGUGUUGACAGAAUUAAACGUCUAGAGGAAAGAUUAUACUCUCACGAUUUACACAAUGACAAGAACCGCGGCGCGCUAACAGCCGCGUACGAAACUAAGCAAGAAUUGCAGCAAGAGUUGAACAUGUUGAAGGCUGAACUGAAGCAUGCCAAGAGUAUUCUGCAAAUGGACGAGCUGAAGAAGAGGAAGCGAGUACUGAGGCGACUUGGUUAUUGUACUGCUGCUGACGUCAUUGAAAUGAAGGGCCGUAUAGCUUGCGAGCUCAGUAGUGCAGACGAGCUCUUACUAACAGAGUUGAUCUUCAACGGCGUGUUCAACGGCCUGACGUCAGAACAGAGUGCGGCGCUUAUUAGCUGCUUCGUGUGUGACGAGAACUCCUCGCAGUCCUCCGCCACGGGGGAGGAACUACGCGGAGUGCUGAGGCAGCUGCAGGAAUACGCUCGCAGAAUAGCUAAAGUAUCUCUUGAUGCCAAGAUGGAAAUAGACGAAGACGAGUAUGUGGGCAAGUUCAAGUGCACGCUCAUGGACGUCGUCCUGGCCUGGUCUAAGGGAGCCUCCUUCUUGCAGAUAUGCAAGAUGACUGAUGUAUUUGAAGGCUCCAUAAUCAGAUGUAUGCGUCGACUUGAAGAAGUGCUGCGUCAGUUAUGCCAAGCAGCCAAGAACAUCGGGAACACAGACCUGGAAAACAAAUUCAGUGAAGCAAUCAAACUGCUGAAGAGAGACAUCGUAUUCGCGGCCAGUCUCUACAUGUAACACUCCGUAAGAAAUGAUUAAUACAUAAGUAUCUCAAUUAUAA